AUGGGUGACCAAUCAAACAACAACUCUUUUACUAGUUUCCAGUUAAUCGGGUUCACAGACCUUAAAGGGUACCGGCCUCUACUCUUCAUUCCUUUUUGCAUAAUCAUAAUCUAUACAUCAUUUGCUAAUGCCAUUUUGAUUAUUGUCAUUUCAAAACAUAGAAAAUUGCAUGCUCCCAUGUAUAUUUUAAUUGGACUGAUUGCAGCUUUGGGAUUUUGUGUGCCCAUUUACUUUAUUCCAAGGAUGUUGGUCGGUUUUUUGUUGGACUGGAAUACAAUUACACGACAUGAAUGCCUAAUACAAAUGUUUUGUUUGCAUUUUUCUGGUUGUUUUCAGUCCACCAUAUUGCUUGGGAUGGCUGUGGACCGAUUUUUUGCUAUUAUUUAUCCUUUACGUUACAAUGAUUUUGUAAAUUUGACAAACUCACUUAUUUUCUCCGCAGUUCUUAGCAUUCGGAACGCACUUGCCAUUAUUGUCAUGGUUGGUCUAGUUGUGCCACUUACUUUUUGUAGAACAGAUUUGAUUUACCACAGUUUCUGUGAGCAUACAUCUGUUGUCAAUCUAGCUUGCAAUGAUAUUACUAAAAACUAUUUAGCUCUUACAGUAGCUUUUGGUAUAACAUCGGCUGAUUGUUUUGUGAUAUUUUGCUCUUAUGUCAUCAUUUUUGUAGUUAUAUUUCGCUCUCCUUCUGGUGAAUCCCGCCACAAAGCCAUCCAUACAUGCACUACACACAUAAUGACCAUAGUAAUAGCCUAUAUUAGUGUUACUGCUGCAUUUGUUGGGUACAGAGUACCUACAAUACCCCGAGAUAUCCGUGUCUUAACUAGCGUAAUGUAUCACCUUGUUCCUGCAAUAUGUAACCCUAUUAUUUAUGGUCUCAGAACCACAGAAAUUAGAACUCAAAUUGUGAAUCUUUUUAAAUUGAAUAAAGUUACUUCAUAUUGAUUGUCAAAUACGCUCCAUGUAAGAUAUUUAUAAUAUAAUAUAUUUGCUAAAUUGUCUAUUGGAAAUUUCCAACCAAAUUCUUUUAAAAAAAAAUUUCUAGUUUGUUGUUUACCAUAUUGUCACGUUUUAAGUGUGUUUUCAUUCAUGUCUGUAUUUCUUGUCUUGUGUUUUGCUGUCAGUGCACCGAUUCUGGUUCUGUCAUCCUCAGGUUCCAUUGCCUGUUUGUCACCAUAGUUACAUAUUGAUUAGUGUUUGAGUUCAGCUGCCUCAGUUAAUAAGUCUUGUUUGUCCCUCUGUUUGCAAUGUACUUAAGCCCUGUGUGUCUUUCUGUUCAGGGUUCUACAUUUUGACUAUGUUGGUUGUUAAGUCCUUAUUGCAGAGAAUCUCCAGUGUUUUGUAAAAUUUUGUGUUUGUUGGAUAAGUUUAAUAAGGAGAAGGCAUUGCAUCUGGGUACUGACAACUUCAUUUGUACUGCAACCAAUGUUUUGUGACACAUACAUGUAUGUGCCUGAGUUCAUUCUACUCACAACUUGCUCUGUAUUGGUAUUAAGACUGCUGCUAGUUCCA